UUUAAAAAAAUAUAUAUUAAAUUAAAUCGACUCAUAAAUGGGGAUAUGAACAGUACAGAUCUGGUUCACCGGAAUAAACAUCGAUCUCUAAGUUACACAGACAGAAAACAUCGAUCUACAAACAAAAUCAACAUAGACAGAAAACAUCUAUAUUAAGGAAAAAUAGGAAACUAAUACAGAUUUCUUGGCCAUAGAUUUAUUAUAUAUCCAGUGCCAUCGAUCCGAAUCUGUAAGCUGUGUAAACUGCGGCUAUUGGUGAUCUUACCCCAGAUCGCACGAAUAUAUUAGCUGCCCGCUGGUUGUUUUUCAUUUAUUUAUUUAGACCCGUAGGUUACAGAAGGAAAAUGGUUUUAAAUUGAAAUAAAUAACACUAUUUGAACCGUCUUUUAUGUGUUCAAUAGUUCGAUCCUCAAGAUCAACAAAGCUCACAUGGACAACAAGUAGCCUUUUACGAGAUUUACCUUUAAAGCCCUCCUAUAUUUUUCAAUGUGGUCGUCAUUGUUGGUAGAGUACAUCCAAAUAAGGUCAAUAUAAAAUUGUACUGAAUAAUUACAUAUAAAAACGAAACUGAUGUAUUAUCAUUAGUUGCCGUUCCUCUACUGAUAUUUAUGUUUUGUCUCUAACGAAAGAUGCCAAUGUGAUGCAUGUAACUUUAGGCAGGCAGUGUUCCCAUUGUAUCGGACAAUUUUGCCCUUUCCAAGUGACUCGUCUUAACACAAAACGUCUAUUUAAGACAUAGCUCAUUGCCACAAGUUGUUGGUAUACUCAGUCCCCACAACUGUCUCUCUCACCCUCCGCACUCUAAAUGACAGGUUUCACGCCGGAAAACCAAUCAGUCCCUUCGCCAGCACCGGCAACAAAACAUGGGGAUUCCACAAAACAUGUACCGGAGUUAGGUCCGCAGGCUAAACCAAAGAGGAACAAGUAUGCUUUCGCGUGUGCAAUCUUAGCUUCCAUGACUUCCAUCCUCCUUGGUUAUGAUAUAGGAGUGAUGAGUGGAGCAAUGAUUUAUAUCAAGAGAGAUCUGAAGAUUAGUGAUCUUCAAAUCGGUAUUCUCGCCGGAAUCCUUAACAUUUAUUCACUCCUUGGAUCUUGCGCCGCUGGUAGAACAUCUGACUGGAUUGGUCGGCGUUACACAAUCGUGUUGGCCGGAGCUAUAUUCUUCGCCGGAGCACUCCUCAUGGGAUUCGCCCCUAACUACGCUUUUCUCAUGUUCGGGAGGUUUGUCGCCGGUAUAGGGGUUGGUUAUGCCCUCAUGAUCGCACCUGUCUAUACCGCCGAAGUCUCUCCGGCGUCUUCUCGCGGCUUCCUCACCUCUUUCCCUGAGGUCUUCAUCAACGCGGGAAUAAUGCUCGGCUACGUAUCAAACCUCGCCUUCUCAAAGUUCCCUCUGAAGCUCGGCUGGCGAUUCAUGCUCGGCAUCGGAGCCAUACCUUCCGUCGUACUCGCCAUCGGCGUCCUCGCCAUGCCCGAAUCGCCGCGGUGGCUCGUCAUGCAAGGCCGCCUCGGCGAAGCCAAACGCGUCCUCGACAAAACCUCCGAUUCCCCCGCCGAAGCUUCCCUCCGCCUCGAAGACAUCAAAGAAGCCGCCGGGAUCCCCGCCGACUGCCACGACGACGUCGUCCAGGUCUCGAGGAGGAACAGCCACGGGGAAGGAGUGUGGAAAGAGCUCCUCCUCCGCCCCACUCCCGCCGUGCGCCGCGUCAUGAUCGCCGCCAUCGGGAUCCACUUCUUCCAGCAGGCUUCCGGCAUCGACGCGGUAGUUCUCUUCUCGCCGAGGAUCUUCAAAACCGCGGGGCUCGAAACGGAUCACGAGCAGCUUCUCGCGACCGUAGCGGUAGGAGUCGUUAAAACAUCGUUUAUAUUAGUCGCUACUUUCUUACUCGACCGUGUCGGAAGACGACCGUUGCUUCUAACUAGUGUCGGAGGGAUGGUGCUGUCUUUAGCGGUUUUAGGGACCUCUCUGACGGUUAUAAACCAGUCGGAUAAGAAAGUGAUGUGGGCCGUGGUGUUGAGCAUCGCGACUGUGAUGACUUACGUGGCCACGUUUUCUAUCGGAGCUGGGCCUAUCACGUGGGUUUACAGCUCGGAGAUAUUCCCGUUGAGGCUGAGGUCGCAGGGGUCGAGUAUGGGAGUGGUGGUGAACAGAGUGACGAGCGGUGUGAUAUCGAUGACGUUUUUGCCGAUGUCGAAAGGGAUGACUACCGGAGGAGCGUUUUAUUUGUUCGGUGGGAUUGCGACGGUGGCUUGGGUGUUUUUCUAUACGUUCUUGCGGGAGACGCAAGGGAGGAUGCUUGAGGACAUGGAUGAGCUUUUUAGUGGGUUUAGGUGGAGAGACUCCAAGAACAAGAACUCCGGUUCGAAUACCGAGGUUGAGAUUGGAUUAAACAAGCAGUGAGUUUUUCUUUUAAUAGGAUUUGGAUGGGAAUUUGGCAUACCAAAGUUGUAUAAAUUUGAUCAGAUAUGUUACUUGAAUGAAAUAAUAUGUUUUCUUUAUAAA